AUAGUUAAUCGUGAGUCGUAGUUGCGCGUGAAUAUCUCUGUUGCGUAUGUGCAUGUGGCGUAUACAAACACGUGGUAGAUUAGAUACAGUUAGCGCGAGAGAAUAGCAGUCGGCGUCAACCCGUUGACGAUAGCAGAACGAUUAAUCGGGACGUUGAAAUUAUUCCGUUAUUUAGCUUUCUAUUAGCACGUAUAUAGAAAAUCAGUUUUUAGUUCAAGUUGUUUUAAUUGAUAAGAUUUUCGUUUGUUUCGUCGAACGUACCGGGGUGAGAUAAAAGAACGACAUUCAGAGGGAAUGAUAGAUGUAUUUCUUUAAAUAGUCGAAGUAGGUGCAGAUAUGUCUUUCCGUGUGGUGCGCAGCAGCAAGUUCCGCCACGUGUACGGGACGGCUUUAAAACGUGAACAAUGUUACGAUAAUAUAAGGGUGUCGAAGUCCUCGUGGGAUUCAACCUUUUGCGCCGUGAAUCCAAAAUUUCUCGCUAUCAUCGUAGAAUCUGCAGGCGGUGGUGCUUUCAUAGUCUUACCGCAUAACAAAGUAGGUCGAAUACCAGCAGAUUAUCCUUUAGUCGGUGGACACAAAGGUCCUGUAUUAGACAUUGCAUGGUGUCCUCAUAAUGAUAAUAUCAUAGCAUCAGGUUCCGAAGAUUGCGUAGUUAAAGUAUGGCAAAUACCUGAUGGUGGUAUUUCUAGGACAUUAACUGAAUCUGUGGUAGAUCUUCAGCUGCAUCAGCGCAGAGUUGGCCUUGUAUUAUGGCAUCCUACAGCAUUAAACAUAUUGCUCACAGCUGGAUCUGAUAAUCUUGUAUUGAUUUGGAAUGUAGGCACAGGAGAAGCCAUAGUACGAAUAGAUUGUCAUCCAGAUAUGAUUUAUUCUGCAUGUUGGAAUUGGGAUGGUUCCAGAGUAGUUACUACUUGUAAAGAUAAAAAGAUUCGAAUUUUGGAUCCAAGAACUGGAGAGAUAUUAGAAGAAGCCAUUGCGCACGAAGGUAGUAAAGCAACUCGUGCAAUCUUUCUCAGGGGAGGCUUGAUAUUUACCACAGGUUUCAGUAAAAUGUCUGAGAGGCAAUAUUCCCUACGUGCUCCAGAUAUGUUAGGUGAACCUAUAGUUAUGGUCGAAUUGGAUACAAGUAACGGAGUUAUGUUUCCUUUGUACGAUUCCGACACGAAUUUAGUGUAUUUAUGUGGGAAGGGUGACUCUGUGAUUCGAUAUUUCGAAAUUACCCCUGAACCUCCCUUUGUUCAUUAUAUCAAUACGUUUCAAACGCCUGAUCCUCAACGAGGUAUAGGAAUGAUGCCAAAACGAGGCUGUGAUGUUAAUAGCUGUGAAAUAACUAGAUUUUACCGGCUCAACAACUCAGGCUUUUGCCAGGUUAUCUCUAUGACUGUACCAAGAAAGUCAGAAUUAUUUCAAGAAGAUUUGUAUCCUGAUACCCCCGGCGACACUGCUGCGAUUUCUGCCGAAGAGUGGGAAAAUGGAACCGAUGCAGAUCCCAUAUUGAUCUCUCUGAGGGACGGUUAUCAACCCUCAGUAGCCAAAAACGAAUUGAAAGUGCAUAAAAAGUCAAAUAUAUUGAGCAAAGGAGCAAAAGUUGCCUCCUCGAAUUCUGCACAAAAUACUACACAAGCAUCGGCAGGCAUUACUGAAGAACUUUUAAAAGAAUUUACGGAGGAAAUACGAAAAUUAAAAGCGGUGAUUGUGAAACAUGAGGGUAGGAUACGGGUGCUUGAGUCCGCGGUUGCUCUUCAAAUGAAAGAAGAUGAAAGAAAAGACAAGUCAUCUUCACCCACUGAUAGAGAAGUACUUGCAUCUGACGAAGUGUAAUUUUUAGCUCGCGUUUUGGGCUCAAGAGGAUAAUAAGAAAAGAAAGAAAACAUAAUUAAUUGUGUAAUAAAAAUGAUCAUAUAUUUUGAUAUAACAAUUUGUGUAAAUAGUAGGUAUUAGCUACGCUGUGUGUUUUGAUUUUUUUGCAAUGAUUUUUGCUAUUUAUUGUACAUCCAUUCAUCAUACAUCCUGUGCAUUUGUACUAUGUUUACAUUUCUUAUUUUGUUAGAUUGUAGUCAACAUGUGAAUUCACUUGUUACUAGCAUUAAGAUUUCGGAUGUUAUUUUAUGUCUAACUAAUACACAAGACUUUUAUGUAUAUUCAACCCUAUAAUUGUUCAGGAUGAAACGAGUGUCUAUCGUUUAUAGAGAUAUAUCGCUGUAAAAUAAUGAAAAAUUAUUUUAUUUCUGGUAUGAAUAAUACAUAAUUCAUAUGUAAGUUAUGCUACAUAAGAUAACCAAGAUAAAAAAAUCACUAUUUUACGAACUUUUGCGAGUAACAAAUAAUAAGGAACUGAGUAUUUUUGACUAAUCUGUUUUUUGACAUCGUGAAAAGAAAUCAUUUGUUUUGUAUAAAAAAAAAUGUGAAUAUAAAACAAUAUAAUUGAUUGAGAAAAAUUU